UUAUACUGCAUAUGUGUGCACCUGCUCACAUACAGACACAACAAUGCGAGGACAACGUAUGGAUAGACGUUUCUCUAGCUUUAAAUGUUAAAUUAGCAGCGGGAGUUAUAUAUAUAUAUCCGUCUCAGGUACUAAAACAAAGAAGUAAAGAAUGACGAAUGCCAUUUCACCGGCAAUCAUACGGCAAACGGCAAAGUAACUUACAGAAGAAAAAAAUGCAUUUGCCUCUAUAUUUAGGCUAUGCCAGAAACAUCACAGCGCGAUGCACUGCAUAAUACCCUGUAGUAAUUUAUUCGACUCCAAAUUGGUUGAUGACAUUUUCUUCACCCUCAAUCUUGCUCUAUUAUCGGGUUAAUCGCGCUGCGAUCGAUGCACGUGCAAAGUAAUUACGGCAAUUACGCGCCAAUUUCCAUUUCGAACGCAGUCCGCGCGGUAAUUUACCUAGCUGAUAGCGAUACUGUAAACAGCCGCUUUUUAACGUCUCUCCUCGAAGCGUUCUGACGCCGUACCCGAAGAGGACCUCAAGUUCCGCCGAAGCGUCUGGGAAGGCAGACUUUGUUUUUUUUAUGACGUAAUUUGCAGAAACUAGCGGAUGCGUUAGGGGUUUGAAGGUGUCCACUUUGGAAGUUUGCGCUCUGCCUCUGCGUGAACGUCAGUAUGUGUAUCUGGUGGUGCAAUCGAAAGCAGCGCAACUUCAAGGAGCAGGAGGGGCUCUUCUAUUAUUUGAUCCCCUUAAUUGCCAAUGUAAGUGAACUUUAAGCACCGGACACUAGCCGAGGAGGUCUUACCGUUCCCGUUGGACUAUAACCUCGAAUACUACUCGCAUCUGUUUUAACUGAGCCUGGAAGAAAAGGCUGCAGCUGUGUCACUUUUUUUUCCUUCUUAGAAGAGUCUCCGUGCAGUGUGCCACAUUCAACACGGAGUCAAUCUCACCUAAAACAUGUCCACCAAAUUGUUCUUCUACUUCUUACUUCUGUCAGUGUUUCGCGCGUGUUCUCAAACAGUCGCUUCUGAGGAUGAUGAGUACGACGAUGUUACUGUGAAUCAAAUGUUGGCCCCCAAAACCCACGAGACAGACGCAACGCAAAUACUAAACAACUUACUAAAGGAGUAUGACAAAAAGCUGCGGCCAGAUAUUGGAGUUAAACCGACAGUCAUUGAUGUUGAUAUCUUCGUAAAUAGUAUUGGACCCGUGUCAUCAAUAAAUAUGGAGUACCAGAUUGACAUAAUAUUUGCGCAGACGUGGACAGACAGCCGACUCAGAUAUAACAGCACUAUGAAAAUAUUGACUUUGAACAGUAAUAUGGUUGGACUCAUUUGGCUACCAGACACUAUCUUCAGAAAUUCCAAGAACGCAGAUUCUCAUUGGAUUACUACACCAAAUCAGCUCCUUAGAAUAUGGAAUGAUGGGAAAAUACUUUACACUCUGAGAUUGACUAUAAAUGCAGAAUGCCAGCUUCAACUGCAUAACUUUCCAAUGGAUGAACACUCCUGCCCCCUCAUCUUCUCCAGCUAUGGAUACCCACGAGAUGAAAUGAUUUACAAGUGGAGAAAAAAUUCGGUGCAGGCGGCGGAUCAGAAAUCAUGGAGACUUUACCAGUUUGAUUUCAUGGGUCUGAGAAACACCACAGAUAUAAUCAAGACAACUGCAGGUGACUAUGUGGUGAUGACUGUAUAUUUCGACCUAAGCAGAAGAAUGGGAUAUUUCACAAUUCAGACUUACAUCCCCUGCAUACUUACUGUGGUUCUCUCUUGGGUCUCCUUUUGGAUCAAAAAAGAUGCAACUCCAGCCAGAACAGCACUAGGAAUAACAACGGUAUUAACCAUGACAACGCUCAGCACGGUGGCACGGACAUCACUACCCAGAGUCUCGUACGUCACGGCAAUGGACCUUUUCGUCACUGUCUGUUUCCUGUUUGUUUUUGCGGCUCUCAUGGAGUACGCCACACUCAAUUACUACUCCUACAGCGCCCGCAGUCGCAGACCAACCUGCAACAAGACGAAAAGAUCGAACUACUCAGUACUGGAUGUGGGUCCUCCUCCCACAGUUAUCACACUCAACAACUCCAUGUACUGGCAAGAGUUUGAUGAUGCCUGUGUUUAUGAGUGCCUGGAUGGAAAAGACUGCCAGAGUUUCUUCUGCUGCUACGAAGAGUGCAAAGACGGAGCGUGGCGAAAGGGCCGUGUGCAUAUAGACAUUUUGGAACUCGAUGCAUACUCUCGUGUCUUCUUUCCCACCUCUUUCCUAUUGUUCAAUGUUGUCUACUGGGUAGGCUACUUGUAUCUCUAGCGGUCCCUCAUGACACAAAGAACUUGACUUUUGGUUCUGUCAGAGCAGACACGAAGAACAGACUGAAGCAGGACUUUUCAAGGUAGGGUACAAAUAAAAGCGGAUACCGGUUAUCAGAGUUGAGCUGUGGUGAUUCAAGGACUUCUCCAGUAGAAGACAAAAAUGAAAAAUGAGACAAUGCUACAGGAACCGAAAGCUACAGCAGAUACAUCAAAACCCUUAAAACCAGGCUGUUUUUAUAUGGUCAGGAAGGAUAUUACCACAAGCUCUUUUAAGUGGUUGCAAUUCUCUGGCAGAGACCUUUGCCUUUUGUUCUUCAGGUACCAGGGAAAAAAAAAAUCAACGUUCCUCUCACACAAUCUCGUCUUUUUAUGGGUGAGAGAGCAGCUGUAAGAAGUCAAGGUGCGAAAAAUCCUUAGGCCAAGACAGUGUGAGAAAAAAAAGCCUUGCAUAGCAUGUGACCCUCUGACUUUUGGUGUCUCUUACAAUCCUGGUAGAUCGUUCACUUGAAUGGAAACCUGUCAUCUAGCCAUCAGUCAAAACCAGAGCGGCUUUCAUGUAAGCGCAGCUUUCUGAGCCAUCUAUAGUGCCUUCCACUGGAGGAGAAGCCAUCAGGCAGAGAAAUCUUAGAAAUGAUGGCAGGAGCAUCAUCUGGUCUUGACUGACUGCUGAUGGUUUUCUUUUGGAGUUUAUUCGAGCUUUAGUUAUAGUCAUUCAUUAUUUUGAUACAUUCAACAUGUCUAAACCCAGCAUCACUGCAUGUUAUAUGAUAGUAUUAAGCUCUACCCUGAAUCAGCACAAUAAUGACAAGAGAGUAGAUCCAUUUGGAAAUAUUUGGAAUAUUCAUUAGUAUGUAGACUGCAAAUGUUUGACUAUAUUUCUAGAUUUUUAUUGCAUAUUUUUUUCCACACAAAAGAGAGCUUCGUUAAAGAUUAAAUCAAUAUAUUAUAUAGUAGAUAAUAUUUUAUUUUCAAAUGUCUAAAAUCUAUUAGCAUCAAUCUGUUAGUUAAAAAAUGCAUGUAUAGAAUGGAUCUUAAGUUCCAUAGAUUCUCACCCUUCAGUCCAGCCAUGAGUUGGCACAAUAAUUGCUGUCCAUGUCUACACCCAAAGGAAAUCAAGGAAAGUGAGUGUCUCUGGAUCUUCAUGGAUACGUUUGUAUUAUUUACAGAUUUUAUGAUUUGCAUCUACAGCCCCAUCCUAUGAUAUGGCAAUACAUUUGACACAUGCAGGUUGGGUAUCACUGCAUAUACUGUAUAGGAUAGUUCAUUCAAAAAGUAAAAUUCUGUCACCCUUUAUUCACACUCAUACUGUACAGUAGAUUUUCCACUUGUGGAAUACAAAAGGAGUGGAAGAAUGUCAAGGCUGCGAUUUCUCAUACAAUGAAAUUGAGAGUGAGUAAAUACUGACAGAUUUUAUAUAUAUAUAUAUUUUUUUUUUGAGUGAAAUAUCCAUUUAGUAAUAAAAAGAAGUGUCAGAGUAACAAUCAGUAACACUUUACAAAUGGUUAACAUUAAUUAAUGCAUUAGGUAUCUUUGAAUGAAUCACAUUUUUACAGCAUUAUGAUAGACCUAUCGUGAUAUCCUAUGCAUUAGCCCAUGUUAGUGAAUUGAAAGUGUUACCAAACAAUCUUCAGCACACUGCAGUAAGAAACCCUACAUGAUCACUGUGCUCAUUACCGAACUGUAAUUCACAAUAAGAGUUGUUACUGUGUUGCCUUAGGGUCACCUGCACAGAGAUACUGUGAGAUGAUCCAUUAGAGAAAGACAAAUGGAUUAAUAUAAGGUAUCUACUUCAAAUUAUAGUCAUUACCAAAGGAUUCACACUAGCUGAAAACAUUCUGAAACAAUUCUUCUUUUUUUCCCCAAACUAUGAUGAAUUAUUUUGUAGUCAUGAUCUUCAUUAUCACUAUCGUCUCAUGGGUAAUAUGUUAAUGCGUGAUGCACAUCAAGGCAAUAUUAUUGUUAUUUUCUUCCUCAAUGAUUGUAGCAUUUUUAUUUUUUUAAUUGAAUUUUUCCAUCUGAUACCACUGUGGUGGGCUGUGAGUUCUACCAUUCUGGCACCAGCUUCAGCUCUAAUACAUCUGACCUACAGAAGGUAUCAACAUUUAAUCAAUCAAGUCAUUUUGCACCUGUCAGUGUGUGCUCUCUGUGACUUUCAUCUUUGAAGUCACGUUUGUAUUCGAUUUCAUCUUUUACAGGUUCUCGUUUUAGUUUGUGCCAAACAUCUAUGUAAGGUAAUCUUUUUAAGGAUUGUCUCGGAGUCUGUUAAUGACGUUCUGAUUAACCAGAAAUGUGCUGUGAAUUGCUGCCAAGCCAAUUCUCCUCUUGCAUUUCAUGACGCUAUAGUGAUUUUUUUUGUUGUGGCUUCUAGAAGGUGUCAAUCCACUAUUGACCUGUUUCGCGAUUCUGUUUGAUGCUAAUCUUUGAGUGCUUCAACAUGUUGUUAUUGCAGCUGUUAAUUCAGUUUGACGUACAAUAAUUAUUAGCUGUUCAUUUAUAGUGGUGCUAGAGCUUCAAACUGACCAUCGUUCGAGUUGUUUUUGCUCUUCACUCCCAAGGAAUCAGACAAAUCCGACUUUUCCAAAAAGUCAUGUUAGUUACCUAAAGCCAUAUGCUGGAAUUAAAUCCAAUUAUACUGCUUUUUAUAGUGGCCUAAUAAUGACAUUAAUUCCAAUGACGAAGUACUCUGAGGAAGGAAAUAGAAAAUCUUGUGCAUUAGCCCUUGAUGUAUUUCAAGAUUAUUUGGUCACUUUUUGUCACUGGAUAUCAUUCUUCACCAUUCAAGCCAGGGGGUCUUUUCAGCGCAACAAAUAUAAUGUUUAGUUGUUGCUGUUUUUUGCAGCACAACAAGAAAAUGAUUUACACAUUCAAGUGACCUUUAAGAGGGUGGAUAUGCUAUCCUUAAUGAUAUAUAACAUGCAUUCACUGAACACUCAGUACUCUAUAGCAUCCUUCCCACAGUCCAGCCACUGAGCAGACCAGAUAAAUCUGGUUCAAAAUCAGUCAUCGUUUAUUUUGACUUUCUUUCACAUGCUUGGAAUUUACAUAGAAUUAAUAAAACCUUCAAACUGCAGGUCAACUGUUAAAGGCCGAAUGCCAAAGAAAUCUCAUUCACUGAUCUACUAUGAAGAUGGCUCCCCCACAGUAAUAUCAUUUAUUUUUCUCAGUAAAGGCUGUUGGGAUUUGUUUGUGUAUUACAGUACAGUAAAUUACACCAUCAUUCCUAGAAAUGUCUAAAACCUUUUUUUUUUUUUCAAGUGUUAAGAUUAGUAGCAAUCUUUAAAUACAUCAAUGUCAGUGGCCUGUACUAUUUCUGGGAAUCGUCUUAAAAUAUAACCACUGUACUGAUAGUGAUAAUGAUAUUAAUCAUAAUAAAAACUCUUUUCUUUAUUGCCCCAGUCACACAUACACACAUUGUGCACCUCUUUUUCACACGAACACACAACCUUUCAUUGUAGAUUAUGGCUUUGUGUUUACAAUGACAAUUCGGUGUGUAUUUCUCAUGUUUCUAUGGUUUGUAAGUGCUCACAAUGUGCAGUGUUGUCAGUGGGGUUGUCAUAUGGAUUUGGUAAUAGAGGGUUUCUGUGAGUUUUUGGCCUGUCUAUGAACUCAUUUCUAUUUCUCGUGCUAUUUUCAUAUAUGUAGUUCUUUUUAUAAUUGAAUUGUAAAGUGCAGAGGUGAAUCAGAAGAUGUGAAAUAAAACUGUUUUCUUUUUUCCCA